AUGACGAAAACGACGACGAGAACACUAACUGUUUUCUCGUUAGUCUUAAUAACUUUUCUUCUUCUUUCGGGGGGUGUUUCGAGCAAAAGCAGCGACGAGCAUCGGCAACAGAAAGCGACGGCGAAAACGAGAGAAAAAUCGAUCGACGUUUCCCUCGUGUCUUCCCUCUUCCCGGCGACGUCGCACGCGCUCGAAACCGCGGAAGCGAUAUCCACGUGCUGCGGCGAAGAAAAGUUUUGGCAAUUCGUGAGUGUAUGGAGGAAUCAAAACGCUCUGAACGGGAAACGGUGUCAACGGUUCAUCGAAUCCGCGAUGCGACGAGCGGUCGGUGGACCGCCGGAAAAGGAGGAGGAAAAGGAAAACGCGAGAGAAGAGACAAUGAUGACGAGCGCGGUGAAAAUGAGCGUGGGGUUACGACAGUUCGCGCCGAGGCUGAAAAUGUUUCAGACGUUGAAAGACGAGGCGGUGGAGGAAGUGGUGCGAGAUGAUUUGAAGAAAGAGGAAGUGAAGACGGCGUGUUGCUUCGCGACGGUUGGCGCGCGAGGACGGUACGCGACGGACGUGGCGAGUUUACGGACUGAGGUGAGCGAAGCGAGGAAGGAGGAGGCGGAGGUGGAAAGGAGCGAGGAGGAAAACGACGCGAGGAGGAAACCACGGUACUCGUAUUUAGUGCCGACGGAGUUUGAUCACGCGUAUCCAACCGGGAAGGAAAGCGAUAUCAUGGAAGGGAAUGAAGUAGAAGAGAAGGCGAAGAAGGAGCGAUUGCCGAUGGUGUAUUUAUACGCGGCGACUGGGUCGCAGUGCUUUUUGGACAUGCACGAAUUUUUAGCCGAGAAAAUCGAUGAGGAGGAGGUGAGGUAUGUUUUGAGGCCGGUGUUUGAGAAGUCGUGUUUGAACGAUGAGAAAGCGGUGAAGCAGUGCACGGCCUACGGGGCGUUCAAUUACGACGGCGAUACGAAGAACGAAAAAGAAGACAAAGACGACGAGCUUUUGCGCGUGCCUGGAUUCGGCGUCGAGUUGGCGAUCAAGAACAUGGAGUACAAAGCCGUUGACGAUCAAAUCACCGCGAAAGAUGACGAAGAAGGCGGCGACGACGGCGACGAGGAAAUCGUGUUGGGCUUUAACUUCAAGACGCUUCGGGAGCGCCUAGCGGAGAAAGGAGGAGAAGACGCGCAGGAAAAGCUGGACGGAUUCAAGAAACAAUUAGAAAUGGAAGAAAAAUCGAUCAAAGGCGACAUGUUUGAACCGCUCCCGAAGUGGAAAAUCGCUAAUUUGGGUUUACUCGCCACGCAAAAGAUUGUUUCCGCGAACGAUCCUUUAUCGAUGCUUCGCGACGUGACGCAAAAUUUUCCUUCGCUCAUGAAUAAAAUGGCGAACACCAUGCGCGUGCAAAAGAAAACGAGAGAUGAGGUGAAAGAGAACCAACGAGCGGUACCGCCAUCUUCAGUCAUCAUGUCUCUAAACGGGCAGCCAAUGGAACUCGAUACGGUCGAUGCUUUUGCAAUCACGGACCGAGUCAUUUCGGAAUUACGAGACGCCGAGCGCGUUCGCACGAUUGGAUUAGGAGAGAAGGCUGCCGCAGAAACGUUGCAUCUGCGGCCAAAAGGCGUGCGAAUGAAAGAACCGCCUAAGAUUGACGUCACAUUUUCUCCAGUCGAGUUUAGUUACGACUUUGAAAAGGACAAGCAGUACGAAAAGUGGUCGAAGAGUUACUCUAAGUUUUUAAAGGCGAUGAUGGAAUCGCAAGGCCAAGGAGGAUUACCGCCGAUUCGACGAAACUUGAUCAACAUCGUUGCUAUUGUAAACCUUGGAACCGCGGAAGGUAUGGAAAUAGUAAAUGUUUUAGAACGGUACCGUAAAAUGAAUAUACCGGUGCGAUACGCCAUCCUUGCUAUUGGAAACGACGACAAGACGCAAUUGUUCGAAGACGACGAUUACAUGGGCGACGGUUUCGGUGAAGAGAUUCCAGACGAUUCACUUCCGGACACGCAAACGUAUUCAAACUUAGUCGCAAAGUGCGCGCAUUAUAUUUUAGCGAAAUAUGGGGCCAAGCCUAUGCGCGCGUUUGCCAUCGAUAUCAUUGAAGGACGAGAACAGCUCGCUGCGGGUGAUUACUUCUCGCCUCCGGUCAUGGCGCCGCCAAAAUGGGAAGACGCGAGGUCGAGUUUCAUACAAAUCGCGCGUGCGAUCGAAGUCUCGAACGCGUUAGGUAAAGGAAACGAGAAAUCUGUAUCGGUGACGGAUAGAAAGGAGGUCAUGGAACGCGUCGUUAAAGAGCUGAACGAUGUAUUAGAUAAAAUGGAAGACGACGAGGACGAAGAUGAGAACAAAAAAUACAGCGCAGACGCGUUGAAGGCGAAACGAGCCAUCGAAAGUCGAGGACUGGAAUCGAACUCGGUGUUGAUCAAUGGUGUCUAUUACGACAGCGAAACGAGUCGGCGGACUCUUGGUGCUUCUCUUUCUCGCGCGAUGGGACAUUUAAUUGGCUCUGUCGUCCAGAAUCUUCAACAAGCUAUUCACACGAAACAAUUGAAGGAGGACAUGGACGCGUACGCUUUCGUCAACAAAGGCGCGGCGAAAAAGUUACGUCCAGAGAUUCAAGACGAAUCAGCGUUCCCGCCAACAUUUUUACCGGAAAUCCCGCAUCUGUUUUACAUCUCGAAGACGUGGAUUGAAGGCGGUGCGCAAAAUGAAGCGAAACCAGUGUCCAUUUGGGUCGUCGCCAAUCCGGAUUGCGCGCUCGGUAAAGCGCACUUAUCGGAAGCCAUGAAAUUUUUGCGCUCUUCUUACGACGAGCCAGAAAAUGGUGAAGGUCAGGAUGCAUCAGACGAUGGGAGAGAAAGCGUGGCGAAACAAACGCGCUUCUUUUUCGUCAACCCGCAAAUGAGUGACUCUGCGAAACCGACGCUCGUUGCGCGCGCCGUGGUCGCCGCGACGCAGCUCACCAGUGCGCGCGAACAUAUUCCAACGCUCGUGUUAGAGUUGCUCAAAGAUGGAGAUGGUGACAAAAACUUCAUUGAUCGUGCAGUGAGAGCAUCUGGAGUGAAAGCGGACGAGUUUCGGAAGCUCUUCCGGAACGAAGAAACGAUCGAUUACCUCUUGAAAUUGCAAAGAACGAUCAACGCGAAACAUCUCGGUAACACGAGACGAGCGUUUGUCGUUAACGGACGAUUACUCGAUCCAGUCGUUUUAAAUACCGAGUUCGACGCUAGCGAUUUACACGUCGUCGCCGAAGCAGAUCUUGAGAAACGAUCGAACGAUGCGCGAAAGAUUGUCGAGCGCGACGCGCAAGAGAAGACGGAUCCAAAGGGUGUGACCACCACGAAUGUACCGUUUCGCAUCAUUUCUGCCCGCAUCGCAGCUUUGUCCCAUUUCAUCGCUAAACGGUACGAACAAGCCGCAUCGAGAGGUGUCGUGGAAUCGUUAGAGUUCCUCUCGACGAACCGCACGGCAUUCACUCUUGGAAAGGAUGACGCUCAAGGCAACGUUUCGAUGGUUGAAAUCGAAGUCAUUCUCGAUCCGCUUUCCAAAGAGGCGCAAAGAAUCGCUCCGGUUUUAAAAGUGCUCAAAGAUUCGCUCGGCAACCAUGCCUCUUUAAAAGUCAUCAUGAACCCGGUAGAAAAGUUGUCGGACGUUCCGUUAUCGUCUUAUUUCCGAUACUGUGCGCAAGAUCUGACGGAUUGGUCGAAAUCGCCCAAAGUUGUUUUCGAAGCGGGAAGUUUGCCGCAGAGCAAAACGCUCACCGCGCAUCUCGACCAUCCAGAACCUUGGAUGGUGACGACGAAAAAAGCUAAAUACGAUCUCGAUAAUUUGAUUUUGGAGAACGUAAAGGAAGAUACGGUGUUCGCGGAGUACAGUUUGGAGAGCUUGUUGGUCACGGGACACGCGUUUGAUGGGGGCAAUCCGAGAAAUCCGCCGCGAGGGACGCAAGUUGUUUUGCAGAAGAAGUGGUUCAUGGAAGAUAUCCACGAACAAAAAGAAAUAAAGGAUAAUGCCAUUGCAGGGACGAUUAUUAUGGCUAACCUUGGUUACUUUCAACUCCCUGCAUCGCCCGGGCGAUUCGCCUUGGCGUUGAAAGAAGGACGCUCGCGAGACGUGUACGAAAUGGUAUCGACGGAUUUAAUUAACAUCGACGAUCGAACGAAUACGUUUUCUAGCGGGCGCACGGAUCCAUCCAAGUUCAGAGCAGAAAUAACCGUCGCGAGUUGGAGUGGGAAAAGGGUUGAAAUGAAACUGAGAAAACGCGCGGGAUUUGAAAUGGCGGACGUUUUGAGCGAGGACGACGACGAAAACGACGAGAACAAACGUGGUUUAGGCUCCAAAAUCUCCUCCUUAUUCGGUGGCAAAAAUAAGAAGAAGAAGCAAGUGCAACUGGAUGAAAAUGGAUUAGAAACCAUUCACAUCUUUUCCGUCGCCACCGGUCACUUGUACGAACGAUUCCUCAAAAUCAUGAUGGCCUCCGUGCGUCGCCACACGAAGAACCCGUUGAAAUUUUGGUUCAUCAAAAACUGGUUGAGUCCAUCUUUCAAAGAUUUCCUCCCGCAUUUUGCCAAAAAAUACAACGUCGAAUACGAGUUGAUCACGUAUAAAUGGCCAACGUGGUUGCACAAGCAAACGGAAAAGCAGCGCAUUAUUUGGGCGUACAAGAUUCUCUUUUUAGAUGUCAUCUUUCCGCUUUCGCUCGAGAAAGUCGUCUUUGUUGACGCCGAUCAAAUCGUUCGAGGCGACAUGAAUGAACUCUGGAAUAUCGACUUACAAGGCGCACCGUAUGGCUACACUCCGAUGUGCGAUAAUAACAAAGAGAUGGAAGGCUUCCGAUUCUGGAAACAAGGCUUUUGGAAGACGCAUUUGAGAGGUAAACCGUACCACAUCUCCGCGUUGUAUGUGGUUGAUUUAAAACGUUUCCGCGAGUUGGCCGCUGGCGACCAAUUGCGAGGAAUGUACGACCAAUUAUCCAAAGAUCCAGGUUCGUUGGCGAACUUGGAUCAAGAUUUACCAAAUUUUGCACAGCACCAAGUUCCAAUCUUUUCGUUACCAAUGCCGUGGCUUUGGUGCGAAUCGUGGUGCGGCAACGAAACGAAAGCGGCGGCGAAGACGAUCGAUUUGUGUAACAAUCCGUUGACGAAGGAACCGAAACUCGUUGGAGCGGCGAGGAUAGUCAGCGAAUGGACUGAAUUAGACAACGAGGUUCGCGCGUACACUUCUGAAGUGGAGAAGAGUGGUUUGCUCGGUAACACCAAGCCGCCGCACGACGAACUCUAG